AUGAUUGCAGCCCAGCUACUAGCUUACUACUUCACUGAGCUCAAGGAUGACCAGGUCAAAAAGUCACUGAUUUUAUUUUCUAACAUCCGUUUUCAGAUCGAUAAGUACCUGUACUCCAUGCGUUUCUCUGAUGAGACGUUAUUGGACAUCACGCAACGGUUUAGACGGGAGCUGACCAAAGGACUGGGUCGGGACUCUAAUGCCACAGCUGCACUGAAGAUGCUUCCAACAUUUGUGCGGUCAAUCCCUGAUGGCUCAGAGAAAGGAGACUUCAUUGCUUUGGAUUUGGGAGGCAGUAACUUCAGGAUCCUUCGUGUCAAAGUGAGCCAUGAGAAGAAACAGACCGUUCAGAUGGAGAGCCAGAUCUAUGACACACCAGAGGACAUUGUUCAUGGCACCGGAACAAGACUGUUUGACCAUGUGGCAGAGUGUCUCGGAGACUUCAUGGAAAAACAGAGCAUCAAAGACAAGAAACUCCCAGUGGGCUUUACCUUCUCCUUCCCCUGCCAGCAGACCAAACUCGACGAGGGCUAUCUAAUAACAUGGACGAAGCGCUUCAAAGCCAGCGGAGUGGAGGGGAUGGAUGUUGUCAAACUGCUCAACAAAGCUAUUAAGAAAAGAGGAGACUACGACGCUGACAUCAUGGCAGUAGUGAAUGAUACUGUGGGAACUAUGAUGACUUGUGGCUUUGAUGACCAACGCUGUGAGGUUGGCAUGAUCAUAGGUACAGGUACUAAUGCGUGCUACAUGGAGGAACUGCGUCACAUUGACCUGGUGGAGGGAGACGAGGGCAGGAUGUGUGUGAACACUGAGUGGGGAGCGUUCGGAGACGAUGGCAGGCUGGAGGACAUCAGGACCGAGUUUGACAGGGAGAUAGACCGAGGCUCUCUCAACCCAGGAAAACAGCUAUUUGAGAAGAUGGUCAGUGGUAUGUACAUGGGUGAGUUGGUCCGUCUCAUCCUGGUGAAGAUGGCCAGGGAAGGCCUUUUGUUUGAGGGAAGGAUCACCCCAGAGUUGCUCACCAAGGGGAAGUUUGAAACCAAGCAUAUCUCAGCCAUAGAGAAGAGUAAGGAGGGCUUAACAAAGGCUAAAGAAAUUUUGAACAGGCUCGGUGUGGAACCCUCAACUGAAGACUGCAUUGCUGUGCAGCAUGUAUGUGCCAUUGUCUCUUUCCGCUCUGCCAACCUGAUAGCUUCCGCUCUGGCAGGCAUCCUGAUGAGGCUAAAGGAGAACAAAGGAGUAGCCCGCCUCAGAACCACUGUGGGCAUUGACGGCUCUCUGUAUAAGAUGCACCCACAAUACGCCCGUCGUCUUCAUAAGACAGUGCGGCGUUUAGUUCCUGACUCUGAUGUCCGAUUCCUCCUCUCAGAGAGUGGGAGUGGAAAGGGCGCUGCCAUGGUGACAGCUGUGGCCUACAGACUAGCAGAGCAAUCACGACUAAUUUCUGAAUUACUGUCCGAGUUCCGCCUGACAACUGAACAGCUGCUAGAGGUAAAGAGCAGGAUGAGGAUAGAGAUCCAAAAUGGCCUUUCAAAGAGCACUCAGGACUCAGCCACUGUCAAAAUGCUGCCAACCUUCGUACGAAGCACACCUGACGGCACAGAAAAUGGUGAUUUCUUGGCUUUGGACUUGGGGGGGACCAAUUUCAGAGUUCUGAUGGUUAAGAUUCGCUCCGGGAAGAGGAGAACAGUGGAGAUGCAUAACAAGAUCUAUGCCAUUCCUCUGGAAGUUAUGCAGGGCACCGGAGAGGAGCUGUUUGAUCACAUCGUGCAUUGUAUCAGUGACUUCCUGGACUACAUGGGGAUGAAGAACGCACGUCUUCCUCUGGGCUUCACCUUCUCCUUCCCGUGCAGGCAGACCAGCCUGGAUGCUGGCAUCUUGGUGACAUGGACUAAGGGCUUCAAGGCGACAGACUGUGAAGGCGAGGACGUGGUGGGACUGCUGAGGGACGCUAUUAAGAGAAGAGAGGAGUUUGACCUGGAUGUAGUGGCGGUAGUCAAUGACACAGUGGGAACCAUGAUGACCUGUGCCUAUGAAGAACCCACCUGUGAGGUUGGACUCAUUGCUGGAACUGGCAGUAACGCAUGCUACAUGGAGGAGAUGAGAAACAUUGAGCUGGUUGAAGGGGACGAGGGUCAGAUGUGUGUUAACAUGGAGUGGGGAGCUUUUGGCGACAAUGGAUGCCUUGAUGACAUUAGGACAGAGUACGACCGCGCUGUGGACGACUUCUCUCUCAAUCCAGGAAAACAGAGAUAUGAGAAAAUGUGCAGUGGCAUGUACUUGGGGGAAAUUGUACGGAACAUCCUCAUUGACAUGACCAAGAAAGGAUUCCUGUUCAGAGGACAAAUAUCUGAAACCCUGAAGACCAGAGGCAUCUUUGAAACAAAGUUCCUCUCACAGAUUGAGAGUGACAGAUUGGCCUUGCUGCAGGUGAGAUCCAUCCUGCAACACUUAGGGCUGGACAGUACCUGUGAUGACAGUAUCAUUGUUAAAGAGGUAUGUGGAGUAGUGUCACACCGUGCAGCUCAGAUGUGUGGAGCAGGAAUGGCUGCUGUGGUCGAUAAGAUAAGGGAGAACCGUGGACUAGAUCAUCUGAACAUCACUGUGGGGGUGGACGGGACACUUUACAAAUUACAUCCACACUUCUCAGGGGUCAUGCACCAGACUGUUAAGGAACUGGCCCCUCAGUGUACUGUGAACUUCCUGCUGUCGGAGGAUGGCAGUGGGAAAGGAGCUGCACUCAUCACAGCUGUGGGCUGCCGGCUCAGGCAGGAAGUGAACAGUAAAUAAGAAAAACCUCCUUUGUCUCACCAGUGUCUCUCCACCUUCCAAAGUCCCCUCCUUCUCUUUCCCAACUUUACCUUUUCUCCUAAACCAAACCAGUCCAGUCAACACAAUACACUCAAUAGCUGCUUUCUGUGUGGCACAAAGAAUGGGAGAUAGCUUUCUCUUUUUUGCUGAGUAACAGAAGGUCAGGUUGUACGUGGAAGUUCGAUUUUUUUUUAGAUGAACUUUUAAACUUUUAACAUCACCCAAGCUCUCAAGGGUUUUAUGACCUUUGAACUCCUGAAAUGAAUGUAACAACUCUUGUGCAGAAAAAGAAAGAAACAAAAGGAAAAGAUAAGGAUUUUUGUCCACUUCUGUGAUGCUCCUCUGGCUCUAUCUGGAGGAUUUCUCUGGUACUACAGUUUGUUGAAAAAUGGUUUCCCAGGUCAUCUGUUGCAAAGAUCUUUAAUCUCCUCUGAGAAAUUCAAAUGACAUAAUCAGAAAUAAAUGCAUAAAUAUAUGAAUGUCUCAAUAUCUAAAUCAAUGUGUCAACUUAGGGAUAAUGUAUAUGUAUUUUAUAAUGAGGAACAGGUUUAGGAUAAGAUGUAGAUAUAAUAAAUAUAUAACUAUUAUAUAUUAUUAUAUCUACAUCUUUUGAAAUGAUCUAGUAUUAUAUAGCUUUAAUAAUGAUUAAUUAAGGACAGAAGCAUGUCAAAAUUAAUAUUUUGGAGGAAACUUAAAAUUAAAAUUUGAAAUAAAUAAACCCAAAAAAUAUUAUGCAAUUUAAAAAAGAAUGAAUAGAAAAUUGAUUGUUACUUGGUACUAAAUUUUUUGCCAUAUUGAUCUGUUCUUUCAGUCAUUUAAAUGCUUUUGUAUUUAUUUCUGACCGUUUCAGUCCCCAAUAGCUCUCUGCAACAUGGCUGGGACAUAAAAGCACUGCUAUAGACCAAAACAUGUCUGCUGUACACUUCACACUGUACAGAAACUUUAAAGGGAUAUACGACAGUGUACAAAUGUGUAAUUGAGAUGAAAGGGAUUUAUAUAUUUUCUUUUGCUUUAAGGUUUUCAAUAUACACAAGAUAAUACAAAUUGUUGUUAUUUAUUCUAUUAUUAUGUUGGGUUAAUUUUGAAAAUUAAAACUGUUGCAAUGAUGACACAAACAGAAGAAGCCACUGAUGACAUUCCCUCAGAAACAGCCUGUUCUACAAAACCAGAGGGAUUCUGCACUGGGACUUGAUCAACAAAAGUAGCCAUUUCACGUUUUUGCUGAAUGUGCAUAUCUGGUGUAAUCUACAGUAGCGUUCUUUAUUUUUCAUUUGUACUCAUCAGUAAAACAUUUCCUGUUGAUAAGUUGUUGUUGUGGCCGUGCUUUACCGUAGUGAAGCCAUGAAACAGGUGUGGGGAGAACAGAUUCCAGGAAAACAACUGUGGUGCAACUGGUUAUGAAUGGAGGAACAUGAUAGCUGGUGAAACUUCAAGAGGAUUACUAAAUGUUUUGGCAAAAAGAUUUAUUCCUUUUUACACAUAGUGCAUCUAUAUACGAUUCUUUCAAAUUGAUAUUUAUUUUUUGCUGCUGAGCACCAAAUAUAUCAAUGGCCAUUACAGAUGACUACUUGGAAAGAUAGAUCUAAACUUUUCCGAGCCUUGCUGAUGAAAUAGAAAAGAUAUUUGAAGCAGUAAGAGGAAAGAUGUGAGGUCAGUCAGAUCAGGAUGCUCUCACUGAGUGGUGAGAUGAAUGGAUGGCCAAAUAUAUCAAUACUCUUCGUGAUUCAACUAAAGCCACUAAUCUUUCAUGCCUUCAAGUCAGACUGCCAGGAUAGAGAAGACUAGCUUCUCAAGUAUGUCCGCAGCUAAGCUCCCUUCUCAUUCUACUUUCGUCUUAAAAUGAACCCUGUGGAAAAAAAACAUCCCCCAAAUGUCUUCAGCUUUCGUUCACAAAGCUUAGAUUGUAUUUGUCUGACACUGUAAACCUGUCACUCAAUAAAAACAAACAUGUGUCCAUCUGAUGUAGCUGUGCAUUCAUUAGAGAACCGGUGCAAAUUGACUUUUACCAUCCCAAAUAACAGCCCCUGUUGGGAGUUUUCUAUGUUUUUUUUACAUGAGGUUUUGAUCCUGCUGUGUUCUGUUAACAGUACAAGAAUGAUAACUAAGGUUUUAGACUGGAAAAAAAUAUGUGAGAGUAUGAUGGUAUGAGUGAGACCAAGUUUGAAGUAUGGCUCGAGCAGCUUCUCUUAAGAUAUCCGUGCUGCAACACACAUAGGUCCUAAUUGAAUGAAAUUGCAUUACCACUGAUACAUUUAAAAACAGAAAUAGAUAUUUAAAUAUUGUUUAGGAAGAAGAAAAAACAAAAAUACAGACCUUUCAUGCCGUUACUGUUUUCAUAAAGUUACAGAGAACCACGUUAUUUACAGUUUUUUUUUAAGAGCAUUAUGCCCACAAACUCAUCACAAGUUCCAAAUUCAAAGUUUCACUUCAUUAGAAUAUUUAAUAUGAAUUUGUUUGAUAAUAUUUUUAAAAUAUAAAGAUAUAUAU